AUGUCUUCGCUUAUACUUAGUCAUAAAGAACGUUGUGAAGGUCCAUGGGUUAAAUUACAGUCUGAGCCAUCUCUUUUUACCGCUUUGAUGUAUGAUUUGGGUGUUAGAGGUGCUAAAGCAACUGAAGUAUUUGUUCUUGACCAACAAGAUAAUUUUGAUGACCUUGGAGAAAUCUACGGUUUGGUUUUUCUUUUUAAGAUGAUAGGUGAUGUAACAGGAGAUGUAAAAGGUUUACAUAAAGGUACCGAUUAUGAACCUGUUGAAGAAUAUCCUCCAAACGUGGUAGAAAAUGCUUGCGCUACUCUUGCUGUAUUGAAUAUCAUAUUGAAUUGCCCACAAAUAGAAAUAGAUCAAGAAUUAAAAGAAUUUAAGGAAUUCACUUGGGAUCUUCCACCAGCUACUAGAGGUUUUUCCAUAACUAAUCAUCCGACUUUACGUCAAAUUCAUAAUUCAAUGGCCCGACAUCCAGAAGAUUCACUAAUAGUUGAAGAACCAAGCAAGAAAGGUGGUUCUGAAGAUGAAGGCGGUGGUGAAGUUUAUCAUUAUAUUGCUUAUGUUCCCAUUGAUGGUGAAGUUUGGCAAUUAGAUGGUUUAUAUCCGCAUCCCGUCAGCUUAGGUAAAUAUUCUAACGAAAAACAAUGGUACGACGCUGUUCGUGGUGUUAUCCAUGAACGUAUUGACGGAUUUCAUGCGGAACAAGUAGAAUACGUUCUUCUAGCUAUCACUAAAGAUCAAAUAGGAAUUCACCAAGAUAGAGUCAAAGAUUGUAUGUACAUCAAAAAGCUUGCAGAGAAGAGGCUGGAUGAGCUUAAUAAUACUUGGAGAGAGAUCAAUACCGAAGAC